ACUUUCCGGUUGGCGGGAAGCUGAAUGUAAACAGAACAGUUCGGAUUCCUUGUACAGUCGUUUUGCCUUUAUCUUAAUGAACGUUUUCAUGCGGGUUUAAAGACGCUCCGGCCGGUUGGUUUUCAGCAGGAUGGUUCAGAUAUUCAUACGGGGCAGCGUGGACGGCAGCAGCCCUCCAGAGUGGCUGCUGGUGGAGCUGCAGGGAGAGAUGAUGUCCAGACGCAACUCUGGGCUGGCGGGUAACGUGAUGGGAGACCUGCUCUACACCAAGGAGGGGGUGCCGGUGCUGGUCGUAGGACAUCACAUUCUCUACGGGAAGCAGGUCAAACUGGAGAAACCCUUCGCUGUCCUCACCAAACACUCCGGACAUUCACAGGACACUGAUGCUGCCGGUGACGUUACCAUGGAAACGGACCAUCAAGAACCUUCCUCUUCCUCAUCCUCUUCCUCCACGUCCUACUCGGUGUCGGCUCUCAUCAAACGGAAACUGAUCUUUAAGACUCGCCCCAAACCCAUCAUCACAAAUGUUCCCAAGAAAGUAUAGAAGGACGAUUACUGGCCGGUCCAAACGGGUCAGAGGCUGGUUCUGUGUUUUAAAGUGCUGCUUUGUGACGUUUUUCUCCUCUGUUUGGGUUGAAAUGUUUCUCUCUCCUAUUCCUAACGUAAUUAAAUGAUAUCUAAACUGCA